GCCGGUGGCUCCGGUCCAGAACAGUCGGGAGAAAUCCGGCGCCGGGAUUUGCGGCGUGGCGGACAGACGGGCGGGGUCUGGUUGGGGUGGCUCGGGAAGUUACUGAAGUUGGGUGGCGGGUUUAGGAAUAAGCAUUUGCCCGCCCAGGCCCUCCGUGGCGUUUUCCCUUUUUUCUGCUCGUCUGGUGCAUGAUGGAAGCAGCAUGGCUGCUCAUCUCUCCUUGACACAGCUGUCAAGUGCAAAUCCAGUAUACGAGAAGUACUAUAGACAGGUCGAUCCAGGUAACACUGGAAGAGUUUUAGCUUCUGAUGCAGCAGUGUUUUUGAAAAAAUCAGGGCUGACAGACUUGAUUCUUGGGAAGAUUUGGGAUCUGGCUGAUACAGAUGGAAAAGGUAUUCUCAACAAACAGGAAUUUUUUGUGGCUCUGCGGCUUGUAUCUUGUGCACAGAAUGGAUUGGAUGUUUCACUGAGUAGUCUUAACUUACCUGUUUCUCCGCCUAGAUUUGAUGAUUCCACUAGCCCUUUAUCAAUUGGAGGAGCACUACUGGAUAUUCCAUGGGCCGUCAAGGUGGAAGACAAGGCCAAGUAUGAUGCUAUCUUCGACAGUCUGAACCCAGUGAGUGGGCUUCUGUCAGGUGACAAAGUGAAACCUGUUCUGCUAAACUCUAAAUUGCCAGUUGACAUCUUAGGAAGGGUUUGGGAGCUAAGCGAUAUUGACCAUGAUGGAAUGUUGGAUCGAGAUGAAUUUGCUGUUGCCAUGUUCUUGGUAUACUGUGCUCUUGAGAAGGAACCUGUGCCACUAUCCUUACCUCCAACAUUGGUGCCACCUUCCAAAAGAAAAACUGUCAGUAUUCCUGGUGCCGGGCAGUUGAUGCCAUCUUCAACAUCCAGCAAAGAUGCUCAUCAGUCCAUACCACCUGUAGGGCUCUUGCCAUCCAAAGCACCAUUAACACAGUGGGUUGUAUCACCUGCAGACAAAAUAAAAUACCAUGAAAUCUUUCUGAAAACUGAUAAAGACAUGGAUGGUUUUGUGUCUGGUGUGGAAGCUAGAGAAUUGUUCUUGAAGACAGGCCUGCCAUCUGCAUUACUUGCACACAUCUGGGCUCUCUGUGACACCAAAGACAGUGGGAAGCUUUCAGAUGAACAGUUUGCUCUGGCAUUUCAUUUCAUCAAUCAGAAGCUGACAAAGGGCAUUGAUCCUCCUCAGGUGCUUUCUCCAGAUAUGAUCCCUCCAUCAGAGAGAAGCACUCUGCAAAAGAACACACUAGGACCAAGCCCAGUAGCAGAUUUUUCUGCAAUCAAAGAACUAGAUACUUUAAGCAAUGAAAUAGUGGACCUUCAGAAGGAAAAGAAUAAUGUGGAACAAGACCUAAAGGAAAAAGAAGAUGCCAUCAAGCAGAGAACAAAUGAGAUCCAGGAUCUUCAGGAUGAAGUAAAAAGAGAGAGCAAUAAUUUGCAGAAGCUGUUGGCUCAGAAAGAGGAAGCAGAGGAAAUUCUUAAUGGUCUUGAUGAAGAGAAAGCCAAACUGGAAGAACAACUCAACACCAUCAGACAGAAAUGUACUGAAGAGGCUGAUUUGAUUGCAUCUCUGAAGGCAGAAAUAACUGAUCAGGAGUCCAAAAUCUCAACAUGCAAAGAUGAGUUAAAUAAAGCUCAGGAAGAGCUUAUCCAACUACAGCAAGAAACUGCAGAGCUAGAAAAAUGUGUAGAGGCAGGGAAGUUACAACUGAGACCUCUUCAGCAGGAUCUUCAGGACUCCCAACAAAAAAUUGCUUCAGUGCAUGAAAAACUUCAUGAACUCAAAGGAUUGGAAAGCAGCCAGUCUAGCUGGGAGGCUCAGCCACACAGCACACUACUUAAUGGGAAUGAAGAUCAUUCUAGCCUCAGCAACAGCAGCAGUGAAACAGCUAACUUGAAUGAGAAUGUUGACAGAGAGAUAGCAGAUACUGAACAACUAAAUCAUGAAUUUCCUGCCAGAAAUAGUCCAGAAACGGCAGUAGAAGUGGAAGAAGAAAAAGCGGUUCUGCCACCAGCACUUACUAAACAAGAAGAUCCAUUUGAUGAAGAAUCUCAUCAACUCUCUGAACAGACUGCAGAAUCCACUUUAGACUUCUUUGAGUCUGACCCCUUUGAUAGUGAUCCUUUCAAAGAUGACCCAUUUGGCAAGAUUGAUCCUUUUGGUGGUGAUCCUUUCAAAGGUUCAGAUCCUUUUGCUGCAGACUGCUUUUUCAAGCAGUCGUCCACAGAUCCUUUUGAAAGUAUUGACCCUUUCAGUGCAACCAGCAACAACAGUAAAUCCACAAUGGAAACACUGAUACACAAUGACCCAUUUGCUCCCGGUGGAACUGCUGUGACUGUCCCAUGUGAUCCAGCUACAGAUCCGUUUGCCUCUCUUUUUGGAAAUGAAUCAUUUGCAAGUGGCUUUGCGGAUUUCAGCACAUUGUCAAAGGCAAACAAUGAGGAUCCUUUUAGUUCAUCUGCAGCAGGCUCUAUGAACAGUGUGAUCAUAACUAAAAAUGUAUUUGAGGAACCUCCAGCUAAAAAUGAAGACAUUCCUCCUGCAUUACCUCCCAAAACUGGAACACCUACCAGACCUUGUCCUCCUCCACCUGGAAAAAGAGCUAUCAACAAAAUAGAGUCUUCAGAUUCCUUAAACCUAAAUGACCCCUUCCAGCCCUUCCCAGGCUGCGAUGGUUCCAAAGAACAGGAAGCUGGUCUCUCCAAUGACGCAUUUGCUCUCACUGGGGUUUGUAAAGAGAAGGACAACAGCAAUUUUGCUAGUUUCAGUGCUUAUCCUACUGAAGAAGACAUGAUUGAAUGGGUAAAGAGAGAAAGUGAGAGAGAGGAGAAAGAACGACUUGCAAGAUUAAAACAGCAAGAACAAGAAGAUUUGGAACUAGCUAUUGCACUCAGUAAAUCUGAAAUAUCAGAAGCAUGAAGAGUUUGUCUUGCCUCUAUCACUUUGUCCCCUUUCCCUGAAUAGCUAAGCUAUGUGUAAUUAGGCAUUAUGUAUAAACAGGGAAGUACAAAAGGCUUUAAAUUCCUGCAAAUGUGAUUUUGCUAUUUUUAUUUGUAAUUUUUUUUCAUAUUCACUAAUUCAUCUGACAACUCUUAAUACAGCACACUCACAUCUGUAUCUUAGAAUCCUUCUGUACUAGAAACCAUUACACCAAAGCAACUUUCUAUAAUGCAAAAAAGGUAUUCUCUUUUAAAAUAAAAUAUCAGUGAGGCACAAGAAUCCCAUUUCUUUGAGGAUAUAAAUGCUUAAAGAAAAAGCAAUUAUGUCCCAAAAGCAAGUUCAUUCUGUGUGCAUCAGUGUAUGUCUAAGGAUGUUAAUCUUACAAGUGCAGAAGUGUCUGCAUACAAUAAAAGCAUUUACACAUACUCUUUUCUCUUUAUAAAGAUGACAAGGUCAGGAGUUACUAAUUUUUAAUUUUAUUUUUAAUUAUGUUUAGGUUUAAGUCUUGAUUAGCUGUUCUCCUCUGAAGGUCACUUGUGCCAAUUCCCAUAAUAUUAAAUGGAACAGUUUUAUCUUUUCCCAAGUGGCCUUUUGCUGAACAGCAAAACACAUUUUCACCUGUAAGUAAAACUAGUCAUGCUGAUAAUGCUACUAUAGUUAGAAAAAUGUAGCUUGCAGAGACUCAUUGAACAGAAAGUAGCUGAUUCUGGUUUUGCUGAAAUGUUCAUGUCUGGUUGUCACAGAUAAUACCUUUACAGAAUUGAUGGUAAUGGUGGUUGGACAUACAAAAUAUUUUUAUACAUAUUGUUUUUCCUUUAAUGAAGGUUCCAUUGCCAGACUAACCAUUUAAUAGAAAAACAGGGUCCUAGACACUACAUUUUGUCUGAUACGCUGAAGUGGCAUUUUGUCAUCAGUUUUUUUAAAAUGCAGUUUUAGGAUUUUCCCAAGGAGAUUGCUAAAAUGAUACUGACUAAGAUCACUGUCAGGAACUUUGAAGCCCGCCCCCACCCCUGCUAAUUGAGCCAGCUUCUUCUGUGAAAUAUGCAACUAAACUGGCACAUUGACAGCUGAAUUUGAAAUAGAGUAGAAAGUACGCUGUGUGAAGGCAUCGUUUACAACAGUUGAUCACUAUGUAUAAUUUAUUGAAUGCCAACUGAUAGUUGCACCUUAAACUAAAGUAUCUUUUAUGGUCACUGAGUCAAAAUAAGAUGAAGAGUGAAUGUUAAAGAAAGUAACUUAUUGCCUAUUCUGUGUCAUGUGUUCUGUUUUGCAGAAUGUAAAAUGCAUUCCAGAUAACCCAUUUCUCUCUGCCUUCUGUAUAUGCACAGAUGGGCUUUAGCAUUAAAAUGUUGAUUUUCCCCCAAAAAACUGUGGUAUUUGUACAUGAAAGAAAAAAUUUAUUACACAUUUUUUCUGCUGCAAGAGGAAGCAUAGUCACUAUUUCAGGCUUAAACUUUUCCAGUUUCCUGUGGAUGCAGCUGCAGGAGUCUAUUGAAGGUAGUUUUCAUUCAGUUUUCCUGAAAAUUUUGUUCUGAGAAACUUCUUUGCACUGAGAAAUGAACAUUUGAAAAUGCCUAUUCAAAAAAGUAAUUGAACAAAACCUCUUGCAAGUAUUAAAUAUCCAUAAUUUAUCUACACAAACUUUGUAAUGAUAUUAAUCGUGCAUAUUAUAUGUUUAACUGGACUACAUAGAUUUCUUACCUUUUUUGUUAAAAAUAUACUCAGUGGACCAAUACAAUGUUUGUGUAUAUAUAAAUAUAUAAAUAUAUAUUAUAUUCAAGCUUUCCUCUAUAGGGUUUAACGUUCUGAGUCACUUGAUGUUACAUUUCAUGUUACUGACUGAUACAGAACCUUUACUCAGAGGUGUUUAAAUAAACCACUGUUAUGUCAACUUAAAUGGCAUCACUUUUGAAGUUUUAAAAGGCUUUCAGGAACUUGUUCAGGUAGGGUUAGUCUCUAUUUAUAGACCUUUGUUUAAAAUUCUAAAAGUGUGUAAUUAUGAAUAAAACCCUUCAAGAACAUAA